AUGAGCAGCCUCACCAGCUCGGCAAACGGAUCAGAUGGGCUAGUGGUUGGUGUGCUGGCGCUGCAAGGCGCCUACGCGGAGCAUGCCUCUUGUCUCAACCGGCUCUCCACCUCAUCCACAUCCAGCUUCGACAGACCGCUGGAAGUGCGGCAGGUACGAACACCAGAGCAGUUAGCAGAGUGCUCGGCGAUCAUCAUACCUGGUGGGGAAUCGACAGCUAUCAGUCUGGGAGCUCAAAGAGCUGGACUUUUGAGUCCACUGCGAGAGUGGGUCAGAAGUGGUAAACCAGCUUGGGGAACAUGUGCAGGCAUGAUCUUGCUGGCGAGGGAGGCUGUUGGGGGCAAGAAAGGUGGUCAGGAGUUGCUUGGAGGCAUGGAUGUGCGAGUCGGUAGAAAUGGAUUUGGUAGUCAGGUGAGCCGAAGAAUGGACAAAGUCGAUGGUGCAUGUGUGCAGCCAGACAAAAAGCGCGUGCUCAGUAUGGGAGUGAUUCUGCGCUUGCCGCAUCAGGUCGCGUCGUUCGAACAGUCUAUCGACAUCCCAGCGCUGGCCAAGCUCGGCGCGCGGAAGACUAAUGGUAGCAGCACUAGCAGCGAGAUGAACACUUUUCCAGCUCCAUUUCCCGGCGUCUUCAUUCGAGCACCAGUGGUAGAGUCUCUCUUGCUGUCUCAAGACAUUCAAGCUGUCCCGCCAGAAGCAGCGACGUUGGUGAAGCGGGCAGAAGGAGAAGCGCACGCCGAAGCGGUAGUGUUGGAGCAAGGACGGGCCCCAUUGACGCCAUCUGGUGACACGGCAGGAGGAGCACAGCCUCCCCUGCUCAACGCUCAAGCCGUGCCUGGUGCAGCUGUCGAACCUACACUGAGGUUGUCGGUAGCACCUCCGCUCGAGAAGCCGGGGCAGGAAAGGGUAUUUCGACCGCCCUUGGAGAUCUUGUGCAGCCUUCCGACAUUGCCAGCUGGCAGCGCCUCUCCUCUGAUUCGAACUGUUGAUUCAGCAGUGGCGACCGCGCACCAAGGGGAGGUGCGAGGAACGAGACCCGCGCACGACAGUCAGAUCGUCGCUGUUAAGCAGGGAAGAUUGAUGGCCACCAGCUUCCACCCGGAGCUCACCACUGAUGUCAGAUUACACGACUUCUUCAUUCGGUAUUGCGUCCUGGGCGACGGAGGCGUUGUCCCUACGCUCAGUGCCUAG